AUGGAGAUUCCGCGAAUUAUACCCAUUCUCCUGCUUCUGUUCGUGGGCUUGUGCUCCGCGCACCUGGCGGCGCCAUCUACCCCAGCGGGCCGCCGUGGUCUGCUAAUUAAACCAACUCCUUCUAAGACCGCGCAUGGCCGCGAUGCCACCGGGAAUACCGCUCCAGUGAUUCCGAAGGCUGUCCGCGCGGCGAACGAUUUCGAAUCAAGCGAAUCCGACUCAGGCGCGCCUAAAUACGCGUCUAAAGCGAAAUCUGGUUCCGCGUCGCUCCCUCCGCGUGCUCCCGCUCAUCAUGUUGACGAUGUUGAAGUUAUUGAUGAUGCGGCGAACAAUGGCCUGGGCGCGGGCGCGGUGGGAAAGGGCGCAGCAGGUAAGGGCGCGGCGGGCAAGAGAGCCGCAGGCAAGGACGCGACGGGCAAGGGUGCGGCGAACAACGGUAUGGUGGCGGGCAAUGGCGCAGCAGGCAAGGGCGGAGGCACGUCGGGCAAGGGCGCGACGGGCAAGGGCGCGGCAGGCAAGGGCGCGGCAGGCAAGGGCGCGGCAGGCAAGGGCGCGGCAGGCAAGGGCGCGGCAGGCAAGGGCGCGGCAGGCAAGGGCGCGGCAGGCAAGGGCGCGGCAGGCAAGGGCGCGGCAGGCAAGGGCGUGGCAGGCAAGGGCGCGGCAGGCAAGGGCGCGGCGAACAAGGGCGCGGCGAACAAGGGCGCGGCGAACAAGGGCGCGGCGAACAAGGGCGCGGCAGGAAAGGGCGCGGCGAACAAGGGCGCGGCAGGAAAGGGCGCAGGCAAGGGCGCGGUUAACAAGGUCGCACUGAAACAUGUGAAGGGCGCACCGAACAAUGUCGCAGCCAAAGGCGCGGCGGGAUAUCCGGCACCGAACAAGCACUUGAACAAACCUAACGUGGCGUUUCACAAGGAAAAUGCGCAGCCAGCUUCGGGCGCCGCGACUGCGCGUCACAUCAACAACAACCAGCCCGCUGCGAUGAUGGGAGCGAGCAAAUUGAGCAAGCCCCGCAUGGCAACGGCCGAUGACGUGGCAAUAGUUCACCAGGGAUCAGCAACUGCGACGGCAACGGCAGCGCCGAUGGGAGCAGAGGAGCGAGCGACGCCGAUGCGAGCAGAGGAGGGAGCGGCGCGUCCUCACAUGGCGACAGCUGAGGAUGUGGCGAUUACUCACCCGGGAUCAGCAAAGGCGACGGCGGCGGCGGCGCGGAUGGGAGCGGAGGAGGACGAGGGGUGGAGAAAUGUGUUGGCUGAUGAUGAUGAUGAGAAUGAUGAUGAGAAGGACAACGAGAACGACGACAAUGGAAAUGACGAUAAGGACGAUGACAAUGAGAGGGACAACCAAAGGGACGACGAGAGGGACAACCAAAGGGACGACGAGAGGGUCAACAACAGGGACAACGAGAGGGGCGACGACAGGGACAACAAGAGGGACGAUGAGAGGGAAAACGAGAGGGACAAUGAGAGGGACGACGAGCGGGACAACGAGAGGGACGACGAGGGGGACGACGAUGAUGAGAACGACGACGAAAAUGAUGCAGUCAACUGGCAUGGGAGGGAGAGCAGCAGCACGGGUAGGAAUGGGAGAAGCAUGGGACAGGGAAGGGGCGGGACUCAUGGCGAUGUGAAGGGAGCAUCGUCCCGCCUGGCUCACUUCGCCAUCGAUCGUGCCUGGGAGCCUCGCAACAAUCAGCACACUGGGUUGCACAAGGCACAGCAGUUUCACAUGGCGACAAGCAGUGAUGUGGCCAUUCACAGGAGCGGGACUCAGGGCAGCACUGUGAAGGAAGCACCCUCACGUGUAUCUCGCUUCAGCAACAACAAUGGCCGGGAGCUUGGAGACAAUCAGCGCACUGGGUUCCGCAGGGCACAGCAGUUGCGCAUGGCAACAGCCACGGAUGUGGCUAUUAAUAGGAGCGGGACUCACGGCGCGAACCGUGGUGUGAACCGUGCGAGUGGGCUCGACAAGGCACCGGAGUUUCGCAUGGCAACAGCCAGGGAUGUGGCCAUUCACAGGAGCGGGAUGCACGGCGCGAACCGUGGUGUGAAACGUGCGAGUGGGCUCGACAAGGCACAGCAGUUUCACAUGGCAACAGCCACGGAUGUGGCUAUUCACAGGAGCAGGGCGCACGGCGCGAACCAUGAUGGGGACUACAACAGUGGGGACUACAACGGCGGGGACUACAACGGUGGGGACUACAACGCGGCAACGAUGGUGACCAUGGUGAUUACAAUGGGGGCAACGGGGCCGGCGACAAUGGCGGAGAUAAUGGAGUGUAGGCCCGAGGGGUGUGCAGAGGGGAGGAUGUGCGGGCAUGACACGCAGGUGGUGUGGGGUGGGAUGAUUCUUGUGAGGUGUGCGAAAGCGCAGUGCCCUGAUGGGGGUGGCAUGUGGGUGUGUGAUUAUUCGCCCCGAGGGAAUAUCAUUGGGUCCACUCCGUUUUAG